UAGACAAAACAAGUUCAGCACCAGUUCUAUUUCCAACCGAAUGUCUCCAUCUGCAAGAAUACCGUUUUAAAUUCGCAAGUUCCUAGAUUGGAAAGAGAAAAUAUCCUCGAAAUUACGGUAUCAAUAAUUAAGCAGGACUUCCAUUUAAAUUUAAUUACUUAAUAGCGCAGGCUAAAUAUAAUUGUGUGUUAAUAAAAGUAGUGGGAUUAACGUAAUUCUUUUCAUUCGUGAAGAAGGCAUCAGCUAGUAAAUAACAUGGAUAUCAACAGUUUGAGUUAUUUUAAGAUUCACUGGAUAGUAUGAAAGAUACUAGGACUAGACGCCCAAUAUGUGAAUUGGAAACCCAUGGUAAUCAUCAACAUUGUCAUCUUGCAUCUAGCAUUCAACAUCGGAUAUCCAUUCCAUUUGGCCAUGUCAAUGUUUCGCAAUGGAAAUCUCACGGAUGAUAUAAAGAACUUAACGACAUUUGCCGUAUGCUUCGCUGGAACCCUAAAAUCGGCAAUUUACGUACUCAAAUUCUAUAAAAUUAGACAAAUGGAGCAAAUAAUCGAGCUAUUAGACUUGCGAAUUAACGGAGAGGAAGAAACGGACAUUUACAUUAAGUUGAGAAGACAAUUGCGAAAUAUCCUGUAUGGAUUUGCUAGUAUCUAUUUGAUAGUCGGAAUUUUUGCGGAGUUAUCGUUCCUGUUUCAGACAGAGCGAGGCCUCAUGUAUCCCGCUUGGAUUCCAUUUGAUUGGCAAAAUACAACUCUCAACUAUUACGUCGCUAAUGUUUAUCAGGUUACGGGAAUUAGCUAUCAUCUCGUACAGAACUUUGCCAACGAUUGUUAUCCCGCUAUGAUGUUAUGCCUGAUCUCGGGUCAUAUCAAGAUGCUCUACAGACGAUUCGAAAAUAUUGGAUUCAAUGAUCCAUCCGAUGCUGAAGCUCAAAGCGAUUUGGAGAACUGCAUUACGGACCAUAAACGCUUGCUUAAACUAUUUCAGACCUUGGAAUCCUUUAUGUCACUGUCCAUACUUAUUCAGUUUGCUGUGACGGGAAUUAACCUUUGCAUUGCCAACGCAGCUGUUUGGUUCUUUGUCACUGAACCAAUGGGUCGGACAUAUUUCUUAUUCUACGCAAUGGGUGUUCCAAUACAGAUCUUUCCUACUUGCUACUACGGCACGGAGACUGAGCAAUCGUUUGAAGAACUUCCUUAUGCCGCCUUCAGCAGUAAUUGGAUUAAUCAGAGUCGCAGUUUCAAGCAGAAAUUACGAAUUUUUGUAGAAUGUUCACUCAAAAAGAACACUGCUCUUGCUGGUGGAAUGCUUCGCAUCCAUGUGGAUACAUUUUUCUCAACUCUUAAAUUUGCUUACUCUCUAUUAACCAUCCUACUUCAAAUGCAAAAGUAGAUUGUAACUUAUUAAUGUUAUUACUGAUAUUUAAGACAUGUCUAUGUCAGAAGCAAACUUACGAAAUUAUAGAAA